AAUGGCCGGUCAUAUGUGUUGAUUGUGUUGUUGUGAGUAGUUGUGUUGCUGCUCCUCCUCCCACCUUCAGUGUCACAACUUGUACCCAGGAAGAUGAAUACGAAGCUGGCUAGUGGUCACGAGGUGGAGGACAUGAGCGAGGAGUGGCUGGCCAGGAUGGAGCAUGAACAGACGCUCUACAACAAAGGUAUGGUCCGCCUCGGGCCCGGAGGCUGGCUCUACCCGACGCUCUUCACCAAAUAUGCUGACGCCAUCUGCAACUACAAGUUCACUGAAGGUGACGUACUUGUGAUGGGAAUGCCCAGGUCUGGGACGACCUGGAUGUUGGAGUUGGUGUGGACGAAGCUUCACAACCCCGACCUGAACCAGAGGGACAACCUGCCCAUCUUCAUCAGAGCACCGCAUAUAGAUUUUGACAUGAUGCUUGACAGCAAGACCAUCAGAAGCACUGUUGAGAAUCCUCAGCAGUUCACAGAAAUGUUUCGUCAAAUGUGUCCAGGCAAGAAGGUAGAAGACGGAGUGUUUCUGCAGAUUAGCGAGGCUCUACCUGCUCCGAGAGUGAUGAAGACCCACCUGCCCAGCACCCUCCUUCCGCCUAGCCUUCUUCAAACCACAAAGGUGGUGUACAUUGCUAGAGAUCCCAAGGACGUGGUUGUAUCGCUAUUCUAUCACUUCUGCAACGUAAGGUUCCACAACUAUACUGGCACCCGCGACAACUUCGUCAAGCAUUUUAUAAACAAUGAUUGGAGAGGCCGCUUAAAUUCGGGAAUCGCUAAAUCGGGCGGAAACGGUAGCUCCCGGAGCUGGUUGAUAGAAGUCGCAUAACGAGGAGUAUGGCAAAUCGCCUCCUCCGUGGAAGCAGAAGAUACCGAAAAAGCAUACGUAGGCCGCCGAGAAGGACCCGCUGCCGGAUGCACAGAAAGCGAAGGCUGCCAAAACGGUAACACAGCACGAGAUGCAGAAGAGACGGCUGGAGACGAUGAAACUUGGCACAAGGCUUGGGGUACGGAACCCCCAGAGCAAGCAGCCUUUUUCAAUACCACUACCAGAUCACCACGGUCACCAUGAGACCCUCAUCAGGGAACCCCCCCCCCCACGCAGAACCAACCGACGCAUGUGACGCACCCGAAACAAGCGCCACAGGCACCACACCAGGAGGAGGUUCGAAACACCGACCCUGGCAGCCGCAGGUACAUGGACCUCUGCCACCACUGAAAAAUGCAACGCAACCGGAACCACUCCGCCGUCGCCGGAAGAUCUAGUCGUCGAACUCUCCCACAUCAGCCCAGACAGUAAAAGAACGCCAGGAACGCUUAGGCACCGGCCGCACAUAAUCGGGGUCGGAUGUCGACCCAGAGACCCGGGCAACACAAGACAGGCAAACAGACGCUCUCUGCAGGAUGGCAACAUCCUCAACCACAUGGGGCACCAGGUAGUGGUGGGAGGCCCUACAGCCACCCCAGCACAGCCUGGACACCCAGCGAGGGAUAAGCACAACAGCUGAAGAACACGAAGACGGAGCUGUGCAGAGGGCAGCUGGAAGAACCACGGGAGCAUCGAGGACAUCAACCGGGGCAAGACGAGUACCCGACGGCGACUCAACUUCUGGAGGAGAGGCGACAUAAAUAGGAGGCAGCACAGGGGGCACUUCAGCAGCCAAGGAGUCGUUCACAUCCACAGCCACCGAAGCCUCCUCCACAGGGAGCGGCGUGAAGUCCUCCUCACGGAAGAGGUUGACGGGCAGGCGCAGAGCACCCCAGCAGCCUGGUGGCCCAAGAGUCCACACGUAUGAGGCUGGCAGGCAUAAUAAACCCUAUCAUAACAACCCAAGAGCUUCACUGAGGACGGAAUGUCCGCCUGCAGCCUCAUCCCCAUGGUGCGAAUGCACACCCUUGAGCGUUCCCGAGGAGAGCAGGUGCAACUGCACACUGGCAACCGCUCCAAGCUGGCUGCUGUAAUGCCGCAGCAGCCCCUCUGGGAAUUCCAAGAACGCCCCAUGCACAGUAACAUGCGUCAUGGCACCAUUCCGAUCUGAGACAGUCAGUGCCUGCACCUUCCCGCACGGGCAAGGUCCACCCCUCAUAAUGACACAAAAAUGCCUGGUAUACCUUCUCUGUAGUAAAUUUGAUAACCACCCUACGGGCAGUUACCAGUUCAAUGCCAUAAACAUCUACCACAGGGACCCGUAGCAUUUCACAAGGCACGAGCCCCACCUCAGGAUAUCCAGCUUGAUCAGAAAACUCGAGGUCCACAGACUGGGCAAGCACAACAAGGGGGAGGGAUGCUAUGAUAGUUGAGUGUUGGCCCCAUUUCGCCGACACGCCAAAUAAUACCCUCCCGCUCGCAACUCCAGUCAACAGAUUCGACUCUCUGAACUAGUCCGGAGUAAAUAGUGUAUAUGGGAUAAAAUGCGUGGUUGGGAGGGAGGCAUGUUGUCCCAGGGCUGU